GCCCAGAAACCCGGAAGUAGGGGAACGCUAAAUCGUGCAGCGCAAUAUAUGAGGAACCGGACUUCCGAAAAUACGUCGAAGCAGCUUAGCUUCACAUAUACCUUGCCCUUCGCGUAAGGCUUGCGCCGCAGCUAGGCUAGCUAGGCGACCAUCGACCGUACCGUACCGUGUGCCGAGCUCGAGUUCUGGAGUCGUCUUCACUACUUUACUACUAUAAAGUUACUUGCAUUUGCCGUCUAGAACGAUUACAGCAAUAGUUUUGUUGAAUUUGACCAACUACAAAUGGCACGGAGAGAGGAGUGCAUACCGAGGUGGUUGUGGCAUGCUUUUGACGCUCUUGAUAGUGAUAAAAAUGGAUCUGCUCCAAAGACAGAAUUAAAGGUCCUGACUGCUCAUAUUGGCAACUCACUAGGGGCUGAGAACAGCAAUGCCAUAGCCAAGCGUCUUAUGGAGCUAUUUGAGGAUCAUCAAUCCAUUGGCUUCAAUGACUACCGUGAAUUCUUGAGAAAAGAACAGUUUCUUGUCCUUGAAAACAUGGACCUGGUGAAGCUGGAGGAAGUAUCUUGGAUGAUCUGUGGGAGAUGUUAUGGGCCGAGAAAUAAGAAUGUCCUGGACAAUAGAGAUGUGUACAAGUUGUGGAGAAUCUUCAAUUUCUUUGCUGAGCCAGUAUUCCCAGUUGUUCUGGAUCCACAGGAAGCAGCUAUCAUGUUUGAGAAACUUGUUGUUGCUAUGGGAAUGAAGUGGAGUUUAACAGAAUUCCACUCUCACAUCGCAAUGCUUCAAACUCUGACAUUCACAAACUGCUUAAAGUUUUUUGAACAGCAAUACACGGGUAAAGUCGACAAGAUGUGUGUCCAAGUUGGCAUCUCAGAGGUCUACAAUAAUACGAUAGAAGAGGUGGAAAAAAUGGGUACAUUGAAGAAGAAAGGUCAUAAAGUAGCUAGCUGGAAGGAGAGAUGGUUUGUCCUUAAACCUGGUUGUAUUGCAUACUAUGUAGACAAGACACUCAAGGAUCAGAAAGGGGAAAUUCCUAUAACUAAGAAUUGGAAAGUUGAGGUACUUCCUGAACUGAAAGGUAAUAAGAACUUAUUCACAGUGUAUUCAGCAGACACCUCACAGAUCAACUCAAAGAGACGCUAUGAGCUUAAUGCAUCAGAUCCUAGAAAUAGACAAGAAUGGGUAACUGCCAUAGAGAAUGUAUUAAAACGGAUGGAAUGUGGUCAAUCCCCUCACGUCCAAGAUUUGGAGAGAAGAAGAGAUGAGAGGAGAAAGAGACAAGAAGAAGCCGAAGAGAUAGACAGAUUACGAAAGCUACAGAUAGAGGAGAAUGAGAAACAAAGACAGAGACUUGCGGAAAUGGAGAGGUUAAGAGAUGAAGCAGCACAGAAAGCUGAAGAUGAGCUAGCCCUCAGGAUGGCAAAGGAAAGAGAAGAAGAGGAGAAUAGAAGAAGAGAGUUGGAAGAAAGAGCUAAGACACAAGCAGAGAUUGAUGCCCUUAAAGCAGCUCGCGACGUGGCAGCCAGGAAAGCAGAAGAAGAGCUAGCAAUGAGGAUGCAGAGAGAACUGGAAGAAGCCAAGAAUAGGGUUAGAGAGAUGGCAGAUAAAGCAAGAACACAGGAAGAGAUUGAACAACUUAGAAUAGCUAGAGAUGAAGCAGCCAGGAAAGCAGAAGAGGAGCUGGCGCUAAGGAUGGCGAAAGAAGAAGAAGAAAGGGAGAACAGGAAACGAGAGGAAGAACAUAGGGAAAAGACUCAACAAGAGAUUGAUGCACUUAAAGCAGCUCGUGUAGAAGCUGAGAGGAGAGCAGAAGAAGAGGCAAAGAAGUUGAUAGAGAGACAGAAAGAAGAAGAGGAAAGGAGAAAAGUGGAAGAGGAAGAGAGAGAAAGACAGGCUAGAGAAUUAGAAGAACUAAAGAAGGCGUACGAGGAUGCAACAAAGAGAGCUGAGAUCGAGGAACGUUUGAAAGAGGAAGACAAGAAAAGGUUAGCAGAGCUUGAGGAAUCACUUCAGCAACUGGAACUGUUACUUGAAGAGGAGAGACAAGCCAAGAGGGAUGAAGAGAUUGUGCGUGCUCUGCAGGCUAGAAUUCUUUCUGAGGAAACUGAAAAGAGAGAGGAGCUGGAGAGAUUGAAGGAGGAGCAGGAUGCUCUUUUGAGGCAGGAGCAGGAGAAGAGGGAGCACCUGGAGCAGUGGAGUGAGGAGCUGGUUCAGCAGAGACUGGAGCAGGCCAGACAACUGGAGCUGGAGAGGGAAAGACUAGAAGAGCUGGAAGACCAACGAAGAGCUGCUGAUGAGAAACUCAAGGCUGCCAUGGACAAGCUUACUCAAGCUGAGGAAGCUAAGAAGUUACAAGAGAGGAGGAGGAGAGAGCUUGAGAAACCGGUAGGCUUAGCCCGAUUGAUUCAACCCAAAGCAAAACCUCUUACCACACACAGGGGUGUUGGGGCUUUCACUGCUGCACAGUUUGAGAUAGAAAAAGAAAGAAGACAGUUUGUCAAAGGGGAUGAAGGAAACGCUACAUUACCAUGCAGUGAAGGAACAUUGAAUGGCCAUCAACAGAAAGAGGUCAACGGGGUUACAGAGAAUGGUGUUGAAGGUGAAAGGUGAAAGGUCAUUUUAAGUUGUGUUUGCUUCCUAAGGUUAAAGAGCUGAGAUUAUGUCAUGAAAUACUUUAUUGUUUACUUCCUUUUCCUAUAGAA